CCUCUCUGGCUGCGUAGCAUCUCUCUCUCUCCUCUCUGUGAUUUAUUUGUUCAAUUGAUUUGUUUUUGUUGUAAAACCCCUUUUUGAUUCUUCCACUGCCUCUCUCUUCUUCAUUUGCAUCGGAUUUUCUGUGAUUCUAAGCCUUUUCCUCCCUCCUUUUUCACCUCAUAGUCCAUCUUCAUUCACUCUUUUCUGAAGGGCUUAUGAGCGCCGCCCCAUUGUUUUGGAUAAUCCCAUUUUCCCUCUCUCGAGUUUCGAUUUCUAUGCCUCUUCACCCAUAGGUUUCGCGAUUGGACUCGAUUUCUGGCUUAUCAGAGAUUGUCAUCGUUAAUGGAGAACUUCAUGAUGGCUGAUGACGGUUUGGGAGAUAGUUCGGAUAUGGAAGUUGAUGAUAUAAGGUGUGAUAAUAUGGUGGAGAAAGAUGUUAGUGAUGAAGAAAUCGAAGCAGAGGAUCUGGAGAAGCGUAUGUGGAAGGACCGGAUCAAGCUUAAAAGGAUUAAGGAAAGGCAGAAGCUUGCUGCACAACAGGCUGCUGAGAAGCAGAAACCGAAGCAGACAUCGGAUCAGGCUCGGAGGAAGAAGAUGUCUAGAGCUCAAGAUGGGAUUCUCAAGUAUAUGCUGAAACUGAUGGAAGUAUGCAAAGCUCGGGGAUUUGUAUAUGGCAUUAUACCUGAAAAGGGUAAACCAGUUAGCGGGGCUUCUGAUAACAUUCGAGCUUGGUGGAAAGAAAAGGUUAAAUUCGAUAAGAAUGGACCGGCUGCCAUAGCCAAGUAUGAUGCAGAAUGUCUUGCCAAGGGAGAGGCAGAUGGAAAUGGAAGCGGAAACUCCCAGAGUGUUCUUCAAGACCUGCAGGAUGCGACUCUCGGAUCUCUUUUGUCAUCUUUGAUGCAACAUUGUGAUCCCCCUCAACGGAAGUAUCCUUUAGAAAAAGGGGUUCCUCCACCAUGGUGGCCCUCUGGAAACGAAGAUUGGUGGGUAAAACUUGGGCUAUCCCAUGGCCAUAGUCCUCCUUAUAAGAAGCCGCAUGAUUUGAAGAAGAUGUGGAAAGUUGGGGUUUUAACAGCCGUGAUUAAACAUAUGUCGCCUAAUAUAACAAAGAUAAGGAGGCAUGUACGCCAGUCGAAGUGCUUACAAGAUAAGAUGACAGCAAAGGAGAGUGCAAUUUGGUUGGGAGUUUUAAGCCGAGAGGAAUCUCUAAUUCGACAACCGAGCAGUGAUAAUGGGGCAUCUGGAAUAACAGAGACGCCAGUAGGUGGCCGUGGUGAAAAGAAAGCUGCAGUAAGCAGUGACAGUGACUAUGAUGUUGAUCUUGCCGAUGAUGGUGUCGGGUCAGUUUCUUCUAAAGUGGACAGGAGAAAUCAAUCGGUGGAUGCCGAGCCAUCCAGUAAUCUACGCAGUAAUGCUCGUCAACCUGUUCAAGUAAAGGAGCAAGGUGAAAAACAUAGGGGAAAAAGACAUCGUGGUGGCAGGUUAAAACAUGCCGAUCAAGCACUUGCUUCAUCUCGGAAUGAACAACCGUGCGUGGAACCAAGAAAUACUCAUCUAGAUAUAAACCAUUCUGAUGUACCAUUAGAUAGAUUUGAAAUUCCAGUAAACCAACAGCAAAAUGACACUGUCACAGCUUUGAGCCCACUGGAGAAGGAUUUGGAUGUCCAAUCAGAAGUGCCAGCUCCUCAGUUCGACGUGUUCUCCGCCACGCCCUCCGAUAACGUCAACUUAAUGUCCACUCAGAGCAUGUAUGUUGGUGGAAGGCCUUUGUUAUACCCUGUUAUACAAAAUGCUGAGAUGCAACAUGAAAGUGCCUACAAUAUUUAUAACCCAUCCGUGGAAUAUAGAUCCAAUUAUGAUGUUCAGCAUCCUCAAUUUGUUAGCGAGCCUCAGUUGAGAUUGGAGGAAGGAGUACCAGUGUCAAUACAGAAUAGAAAUGAUGAGACCACAGGAGCAGAUUUCAACUACGUAAAAGAAACGUUCAACACCGAGCAAGAUAGGCCCGUCGAUGCACAGUUUGGAUCACCAAUCAACAGUCUAUCGCUAGAUUAUGGAGCAUUUAACAGUCCAUUCCAUCUUGGAAUCGAUGGUGCAAGCUCAUUCGAUGACUUUUUGGUUGAUGAAGAUUUGAUCCAAUACUUCGGAGCAUAGUUUUGCUAAUAAAUCUGUAAAUUCUGAGCCUUAGGAAUGCCUCCUUGUAAUGUGCCAUUUCUUCACGUGGUAACUUGUUUAUGUCCAAAGGAAUUCUGUUAAAAGUUAUGCUUCAAUACUAAUACAAUUCUAUGUCCAGGGAUUGACUGCAAGAAAUGCAGCUCACCGACAUCCAUGGUCGACAGGGUUCUUUUCCCUGAAUAGCUGGGAAUCGUCCUCUUCGAUCUUGUCUAAUUUUAUCAAGACUGUAGGUAAUAGGAGUUGGAGUCUUUUUGCAACAAAAUGAUCACUUUCUAUGCGAUGGAUCCCUUUGCUUUCCUCUACUGAGAAUAAUGCUCAUUUUUUCCAGUAAAUUAGUUGAUUUGCAGACUGCGGUUGUGAAA